CCUGUUGGUAAAACAAGAGAUAUGUUUUCACGGGAGGCCGGCCUGUAUAUGUGGCGGUCCAUCCCGUUCGAUAAAAUUGGAUGGGAUAACGUUGAACAACAUUACAAGGAUGCCCUCAUGAACCACUUACGGGAAAAUUUCAAUUUUGAUGAAGUGGAACGUGAUAUAGAGGCCAAAAACUUGACGGGUGGCAUUAGGGUUGUGCUUAUGAAGCGGUACUCUGACCGCAAGCACGAUGCUAAAAAAUUAUUUAAGAGCAAGGGAGGUUACAAUGAUCUUGAGAGUGCAAGGGCAUUCCAUCCCCCGGAUAUGCCCUAUGAUAACUGGUUGAGAACCAUCGAAGGUUUCCGGGAAGAAAAAUAUAUUAAAAGAAGCAAGGCCAACACACUAGUACGCGAGAAACAACAAUUCCCAUACCGUGGGGGGACAUCUUCGUACGGUAGCACCGCCUAUAAAAAUGAUAUGGAUUGGGUAACUACGUAUGCUAAAACCCACACGGACAAUCAAGGGAAUUGGGUUGAUCCGGUUGCUGAACAAAAUUACCUAAGUAUUUCUUUUAACUUGUUCCAAACCCCGUCAUUUUUUAACCAACUUAACAACUAUCUUGCUUCACAAGGAAAAGGAAAAGGAAAGUCAAAAGACUACAAUUCUGACAACUUAUUCGAUAAUGAAUCCGACGAUGAACCCAACUAUAACGAUGAGUGA